AGCGGCGCGACGCCGCGCAGUGUGCGCAGCAGCUGCGACGCACCGGGGCGCGUGAAGCGGAGCCGGUCCAUUGAGCCUCCGCUCCGGUGUUGUUAGCUCUCCCGGUAACGCGAGGUUUAGCUCGUACGCGCUAGCCGCUCAUGCUAACUGCGGCGCCAGCGUCGUUGGUUCGCAGCGAUAUCACCGAAAAACGGAGCUGUGAUUAAAACCUCGCGAGGUGUUCAACACGAGAACUGCUCCUGCCAUAAGCCCGCGGCCCCGCGGCGCGGCCCCGCGCCCCUGCUGGAGGAGCUCCGUUAUGACAACUCACUGCGAACUCAUAUCAUGUUCAUCCAACGGCCGCGCGCAGAAAGGCCGUUCAUUGAAAACAAAAUCCCGUUCCGUAGCUAUUGGUGUCCUUCGUCACGCUGCCUCCCCCUCGUCUUCGUCACGCUGCUUCGUCUUCGUCACGCUGCCUCCCCCUCGUCUUCGUCACGCUGCUUCGUCUUCGUCACAAGGAUUGUUGGGCGUUUAGUUUCCUGAGCCGCCAACAUGCCGGCCGCACUGACGGAUUCCAGUCAGAUAAUCUGUGAAGUCUGGGCGAGCAACGUGGAGGAGGAGAUGAGGAAGAUCCGACAAAUCAUUCAAAGCUACAACUUCAUCGCCAUGGACACGGAGUUCCCCGGCGUGGUGGUCCGGCCCAUCGGAGAGUUCCGCAGCACCGUGGACUACCAGUACCAGCUGCUGCGCUGCAACGUGGACCUGCUGAAGAUCAUCCAGCUGGGCCUCACCUUCAUGAAUGAGGACGGGGACUAUCCUCUGGGCACCACCACCUGGCAGUUCAACUUCAAGUUCAACCUCACAGAAGACAUGUACUCGCAGGACUCCAUCGACCUGCUGCAGAACUCCGGCCUCCAGUUUAAGAAACACGAAGAAGAGGGAAUAGAGACGCUCUACUUCGCGGAGCUGCUCAUGACGUCCGGCCUGGUGCUCUGUGAGAACACCAAGUGGCUCUCCUUCCACAGCGGCUAUGACUUCGGCUACCUGGUGAAGCUCCUGACCGACACGCGGCUCCCGGAGGAGGAACACGACUUCUUCCAGAUCCUCAACCUGUUCUUCCCCGCCAUCUACGACGUCAAGUACCUGAUGAAGAGCUGCAAGAACCUGAAGGGAGGCCUCCAGGAGGUAGCGGACCAGCUGGAGCUGAAGCGGAUCGGGCGUCAGCACCAGGCCGGAUCGGACUCGCUCCUCACCGGCAUGGCGUUCUUCAGGAUGAAAGAGCUUUUCUUCGAAGACAACAUCGACGACGCUAAGUACUGCGGCCGUCUGUACGGCCUGGGCUCGGGCUCCACGCAGCCCCAGAACGGGCUGUCCGGCUCGGGCCAGGAGGAGACGAACAACAAGCACUGAGGCUCCUCCUCCUCAAGUGGGACGCACUUGUUUUAAAACCCAACCAGCAGAUUCCCGUUGAUCUCCCUCAACACUCGACCGCCGAACGGGAAUAAACAUUCCUCUCCGCGCUCCUCCUGGGGGACUCGCUGACAUCGGACCCUUCACUGGCUCAGUCGUUCUUUUUAGUCUCUUUUACUGAGUAUACAGUCGUAUGCCCAGAACUCUUUCUUUCCUGCAGCAUAGUGCCCUCUUCUGUAACUGGAUGGGACACGCCCCCUUCUGUAACCGCCUAGGACCCGCCCCUUCUGUAACUGGAUAGGACACGCCCCCUUCUGUAACCGGAUGGGACCCGCCCCUUCUGUAACUGGAUAGGACACGCCCCUGCUGUAACUGGAUAGGACACGCCCCUGCUGUAACUGGAUAGGACACGCCCCCUUCUGUAACUGGAUAGGACACGCACCCUUCUGUCACAGCCUGGGACACGCCCCUUCUGUAACUGGAUGGGACACACCCCCUUUGGUAACAGCCUGGGACACGCCCCCUUAUGUAACUGGAUGGGACACGCCCCCUUCUGUCACAGCGGGCCGUACAUAAAUGUGUCGUCUUGUGAUUUCAGACCAAACUUUGCCAAAACAGUCUUCAGUUCAGACUCUCCUUCAUCCUCCUCCUCAUCAGCAUCUCUUGUUGCAGGGAUUUCAUUUUUUUAAGUUAAUGUUGGAAGGGCCUGUAAAUUACAAUGUAUAAUUUUGAUGAAAAUAAAAGUGUUUUAGCUCUUUUCCACUUUCAGAACCUUUUCGGCGUGGAGGACCCGGCGCUGCUCUGCAUGUGUUGAACCUGCUGUGGACCGACUGUUGUGGUUACUGUUGUUUUUACAUUCGACAUUGUUUUAAACAGUUGUAUAUUAAAUUGUUUUGUAUUUUGAAUGUAA